UGUACAGCAGGGAUCCCCAAACUAAGGCCUGGGGGCUGGAUAUGGCCCUCCAAGCCUUGAUCAUGGAUGUAAUGCUGCCGAAGGAUGAUUUCACAAAGGUCACAUUCACACCACCAUUGUACAAACAGCGCUACCAUUUUAUAAAACAGUUGGUGAGUGAACAUAAGCCUAAAAAGGUGGCUGAUUUGGGAUGUGCCGAUUGCAAGCUAGUCUGGAUGCUGAAAUUCUGCAACUGCAUUGAGGUGCUUGUGGGAGUAGAUAUUAGUGAAGAGGUGAUGAAGGAAAAAAUGCAUACGUUGUCUCCCCUUCCUGUUGACUAUCUCCAGCCGAGUGAAAGAUCUCUCACAGUUAUCCUCUAUCAGGGUUCAGUUGCUCACAAAGACCCGUGUAUGUUGGGCUUUGAUAUGAUUACAUGUAUUGAAUUAAUAGAACACCUUGAGGCAAAUGAAUUAGAGACAUUUCCAGAAGUGGUAUUUGGUUUUAUGUCUCCAACUAUGGUUGUAAUCAGCACACCGAAUUCAGAAUUUAAUCCUUUACUUCAAACUGUAACCUUGUUCAGACACCCGGAUCACAAAUUUGAAUGGAAUCGAGCACAGUUUCAAAAUUGGGCCCAAGAGAUUGCUGCUCGCUAUGAUUAUGUGGUGGAAUUUACUGGAUUAGGAGUCCCACCUCCUGGAAAAGAUGUUGGAUUUUGUACACAAAUAGGAGUGUUUGUGAGAAAAUCUCUAAAGCAUGUGCAACCUAACAUAUGUGAGAAACAUCAAGACCAUGUUUAUAAAACUGUAUUCAAAGUCGAGUAUCCAAGCCUUAAAGAGGAGAAGUACUUGCGAACUGCAGUAGUCAAUGAAGUACACCGGACAGCAGACAUAAUUGCAAGGAGACUGUGGGACCAUAGAUGGUCUCAAUAUAAAAAGCACUGUAACGACCCUGUGGAAACGGAACCCCAAUUCCAGUCACAUCCUUGUUUCCAAAAGUAUUUGGAGUAUUGUUCUAUACCGGAACCUGACAGUGCAAGUAUACAGCCCUUUAUGAAUGGAAAUACAGCUCACAUCCCCCUUGCAAAAAUAUUUUCUUUUCCCAAAGUGAAGCAACUUUGUGGGAACUAUGAAACACUUAUGAGAUUUGUAGCUGGUCAAAUUGCACUGAGCAGUGAUGAGUCUGCAGUGGUGAUAAACACUGAAUAUGAAGAUGACGAGCAGAAGGACCUCAGAGAUAUGUUUUAAAAUACUUGUCCACUAUUGAAAGAAAUGUUAAUACAGUAGAACACAGAUCACCAGACUGGGCCACAGCAACGCGUGGCAGGGGAUGGCUAGUCUACCAAUAAAAUGUGCACAUGUGUUGACAUUAAGCAGAGCUAUACAGAAGGAAGAUUUUCAUUUUCUGAGUUAUGAAUUAUUGCAAGAGUAAGCUGAACCCACACAUCAGUGUUGAAUGGGGGAAAACAUUUUUUAACGAGAGAGAACACCUUCCUAGGAAUCUGUGUCGUCCAAGGCCACUCUAAGGUGGAAGUUAACCAUAGAGUCAGCUUGAAGAAGAGGUAACAUGAAUCAAAACUAAAAAAUGAUCAAUCUUGCAAAUUUUGUAGGUCUGACUGCAUAUUAUCUUCCAGACCAGUCUUCUUCCAAGGCCAUUUUAAUAUUAAAGCCCGUUCCUUUUCUUGGAAUCUUAUCCCUGUAUUGUCUGCAUUUUUAAAGAAAAGGGAUAAAGAAAACCCAACAGGAGAUUUGUAUUGUGAACUAAUGACAUAAAAGAGGUUUUAAGAAAAAUACUGCUAAGCAGCUUAGAUGGAAAAUAUUGAUUUAAUCAGUUAUUAAUAAUCUCUUCUGAAAGAAAUGCAAAGAAAAAUUUAUUUUUCUGUUUCAAUUGUACAGAAGUGUACAGCUUGUCUGUCCCUUUUUAAAGUUACAGCCACAAGUAUCUUUUUUUUGUUCUUUUCUGAAGGAAAAAAAUCACAAAUAAAGGUUGAAGACAGAAACUUUUAUUGAAUUCAUAAGACCACUUUGUAUGUCUAAUACAGUAUUUAUGGGUUUUUU